GCAUUCACCGCGGUUAAUGAUUUCCGCCCAAUAGACGGAGCACACGUGUCGCUCCGUUGCCCAAUUGGCUGCUUUGCUUCUCUUCCCGGACAGACCCCAUCUCGAAAGUCAAAAAUCAAAACUUCAUACAAAAACAAAACCCAUCUCAGAGAAAUAAUUCCGUUUCCUUCCCUUCUUCUGAUUUCUUCCUCCAUUGUUGAGCUCCUGCCGCUGCUGCGCUCACUGAUUCCUCAGCAGAUCGCCCCAUUGAGAAGUCUCCCGUAGCAGAAGGCUUAACAAUUUGUUUUGAGGGGAAGGGAAUUCCAGGAUGGGAAAUGCCUUGCGAUUUCUCUACCACAAUUGCUGCAAACCGACAGCAGCAGGGGACUAUGAAUAUCCCCAUGCCGCUUCUGCACCUGCUGCGGGGGUUUCAGCCCUUGCCCACGAUUUGUUCCACUUCGAGAACACCUCCCAGGUUCCACAAGGAUUGGCUAAGCAUGUCGUCUCAUCGAAGAAAGCUCAAGCGAAUUGGUACAGAAAGCUAAUAGAAGCAUGGAGAGAAGCAAACCCGCCACCGAGGACACCUGAAGAAGCUGCAAGGCUUGUGAUCCAGACCCUGAAGAAACACCAAAAGGCAGAUGUUGAGGGUUUGUUGGCUUUCUAUGGUCUGCCACUUCCUCACACUCUCGUUGAAGUCCCCCAUGGACAUGGUGUCCCGGCAUCCUUGCCAGAAGGGGUGAAGUUUGAGCUGCACACACUACCAGUGGAUGGAAAGGCAGUACCAGAUGGAGACACCAUAACAGUCUAUGUAAGCACGACCAAUCCCAGGGAAUCAUCCUGCGUCCCAGGAGAUGUUAAAAUGGCGGCAGAUCAGAGAGCGAAAGCACGAGCAGUGAGGAACUAUGAUAAGGCUGAUGCACUGCACCAGAAGAUUAUUGAUUCUGGAUAUAGGGUUCUAAACAUUCAGAAUGAGGAGGUUCUUGCAAGAAAGUACCGAAUCCGACUAAGGGGAAUAGAUGCACCGGAGAGUUCAAUGCCAUAUGGGAAAGAGGCGAAAGAGGAACUGGUUAAGCAUGUUCAAGGCAAGUGUUUGAGAGUCCAUGUUUAUGAUGAAGAUCGAUAUGGUCGGUCUGUUGGAGACGUAUACUGCAACGGUUUGUUCAUGCAGGAAAUCAUGCUCAAGAAAGGUUUAGCAUGGCACUAUACUGCCUAUGACAAACGCUCCGAACUAGCAUCAUGGGAAAAGCAGGCUCGAGCUAAACGUGUUGGGUUAUGGGCUUCAAAGAAUCCUCAAGAGCCAUGGGAAUGGAGGAAAAACAAACGUGAAGGAAGAUGAAAGUGACUUCUUUCUGCACUCAAACCAGACUGACUACCCAUGAAUCAAAAGGAUUACCAAAG